AUGUCGCGCUUCUUCCGCGGCGCCGCCCUCACCGCCGCAGCGGCUGGGGGCCUGUACUCUGCAUUCUCGUGGAACCUAUCGUCGCCCAUCCCACUCUCGGCUUCGCCCUCCUCUUCUCCGUCGGCGCCCGUAGGCCCCGCCGCGGUCACCGGCCACCUCGCCCUCGUCCGCGCGCACCCGGCUCUCCUCGAGCUCAACGCGAUGCUUACACCGGUCUCCUUCCUCGUCGACGCCACCCAGGCGCUCCUCGCGGGCGCACUGCGCUGUCCGCCUAUCUACCCCAAGACGCUCCGCCACGGCCGCGAAUUCUUCACCGCACAGAUCCUGUCCGCGGAGUCGGAUGGCCACUCGACGGCGGAGCAGGCGGCAUCGGCCCGGGCUAACAUGGCCUUCCUCGAUGCGCGUGAAGGCCGCCUCGAGGGCGCGCGCGACGCCAUCGUCCGCCUCGCCGCGGAGCGCCCGGGCGACACCACCUUGCGCCUGUUCGCUGCCGCGUUCUGCCGCGUGCUCGGCCGCCACGAGGAGGGGGCCCAGUGGCUGCACGAUUCCGCCGUGCCCGACCUCUCCCGCCUCGAGCACAAGACUCCGUUCGUGCUGGCCGUCCAUGUCGCCACGAUCGGUUCCGCGCCGCUCGCCGUGGCGGGCUCGGAGGAGCUGGUGUUGGUCACCACGCUCGGGCUGCUCGAGAUGUCGAUGUGGUCCAUUUUCUCGCACGGCGAUCUGCCGGAGAGGCUGCAGGUGUUAGCGUUGAUGGCAUUCUUGCGGGGCGUCGUGGCGAAGAAGCUGCACAGAGAUGAAGGACUUGCACCGAUGGAGGGACCUCAGGACGCCACCCCAAACUAA